AAGCCACGUGGGAUGUGGACAAAAAACUCGUGAACAAUGGAACUCAUUGACGAACAACUUGUAGGGAACGAGGGGAGUUUCGUAUACGAUCGAUUCGCAUCGAACGAACACCAGGAGCAGGUGUUUGAUGAUGCUCAAAAAACAGACAAAACCUGCAAGCAUUUAAAUGUCACUAAAGAGCAAUUAAAGCAAAUAAAAAAGGAUUUAGGCUUAAUUCGAUUGUCUUGGCCAAAUGUUCAGCUGGAUGAUCUUUUUUUGGUACAAUUGCCAGAGAGUUACCGUACUAAUACAGAGAAAGAAAAACUUUUGCUUUGGUAUGCUGAAAACUUCCGGAAACAAUAUCAUACCAUUUUCCCAGAUCGUAAACCUUUGGUGCUGGCUUGUAACAAUGAAUGCGGAGUUCAGAAAUUCGUUUCAACGAGUAUAAGACCAAGUACAUUGCCUUAUCCGGAGCUGCACACGUGGUUGGGCUGCGCUAGAUUCGUCAGUGAUCAUCUAGUAUAUGAGUCGUUGAAAAGACCUCUGGCAAUGGUAAGUGACUUGUCUAUAUGA